UCGCCGAACCCCCAAAGUCGGCCAUCAUCACCGUCGCGUUGCGUUCUUCAUCCCACCUCCCAAAAACCCUACACCCGCGACGACCAACCGGCGGCCGCCAUGCUCCUCCGGCGACCACUUCAGACGCUCACCCUCCCCCUCAUCCGCCGGCACCUCUCCGCCUCCGCCGCAGCGGUUUCCGCCCCAGAUCACAACAUCGACGAACUCCUGUCGCCGCCGUUCGACUACCUCCCUGGUCACCCGCGGCCGGACGCGAAGCACGACGAGGUGAUCUUCGCCGUCCCGAGGGACUCCUCUGGCCGGCACUUCGCCGCCAAGGAACGCAAGGCUGGGCGUGUGCCGGCCAUCGUCUUCGAGCAGGAGAAUGGCCAGGAGGGCGGCAACAAGCGCCUCGUCUCGGUGCCGUCCAAGCAGAUCCGCAAGCUCGUCGACCACCUCGGACGGUCCUUCUUCCUCUCCCGCCUCUUCCGUCUCCAGGUUUGGUCCGAGCAGGCCGGGCAGGGGGACCUCAUCGAGAGCGUCCGCGUCCUGCCGCGCAAGGUGCACUUGCACGCAGGCACUGAUGAACCUCUGAAUGUGACAUUCAUGAGAGCACCUUCUUCGGCACUGCUCAAAAUAGAUGUUCCUUUAAUGUACAUUGGGGAGGACGCCUCACCUGGCCUCAGGAAAGGAGCUUACUUCAACACCAUAAAACGAACUGUCAAGUUUCUCUGCCCUGCUGACAUAGUCCCGCCAUACAUUGAAGUGGACCUAAGCGAGUUGGACGUCGGGCAGAAACUGCUGAUGCGCGAUCUGAUAGUCCACCCGGCGCUGAAAUUGCUUCAGUCGCCAGAUCAACCCAUCUGUAGCAUUAUAGGGUCAAGAGCCCCCGAUCAGAAGAAAGAGAAAGAGAAAUCAAAAUAACUCGCUCCGCUGUGUUAACUAUUUGCAACAGAAUAAACUUGUUUUGCUAUCUAUGCUCGAGUUAUUCAGUUCUUGAUUAUCCUUCCUAGAACGAAUACUACCAGUAUGAUUUUGUAGCAAGGGACCACUGUUUUACCUGAGGAAUGGAAGCCAGAUGCUACAGAUAAGAAUACGGCAGGAAUGUCCAAAUAUGUUUAUGUGAUUUUGUUCACAGAAACUUCACUGUGAUGUAUUUUAUCGGAAAAGCGUUUACCUGUUGACAAUCCGAUGGUUUUCCAUUGUGGGAUUGUGUCA